AUGGAGGGGGAACCACAGAGAGGGGUAGAUGGGAGAGUUAUGCAGACAUUUCAGAAGAGUUUUGUGCAGGUGCAGGACAUAUUGGAGCAGAAUAGGGUGCUGAUAAGUGAGAUAAAUCAGAACCAUGAGUCCAAAAUCCCAGAUAAUUUGGGCAGGAAUGUUGGGCUGAUCAGAGAGCUGAACAACAAUAUCAGGAGAGUGGUUGAUCUUUAUGCUGACCUUUCAACUUCUUUCACAAAGUCCAUGGGUAAUUCCUCCUCUGAUGCUGACUCUAGUGGUGCCAAGGCUGCCCACAAGAGGAACCGGGGCUGA